AUGGCAGAAUAUGAAGCAUGUAUUUACGGUUUAGAGGCGGCAAUCUACUUGAGAAUCAAAAUUGUUGAGGUAUUCGGUGAUUCAGCUCUGGUAAUCACUCAAGUGAAAGGCCAUCGGGAGACUCAGGAUAGCAAGUUGAUACCUUAUAAAGAGCAUAUUAGAAAACUGAUACCCUAUUUUGAUGAAAUCUCCUUUCACCAUAUUUCUAGGGAAGAAAAUCAGUUAGUCGAUGCUCUAGCCACGCUUGAAUCUAUGUUCAAAGUCAAAUGGAAGAAUGAAGCACCACCCAUCCAGAUUGACCACUUAGAUGAACCAGCACAUUAUCUAGCAAUUAAGGCUGAUCUUGACGAUAAGCCUUGCUUCUAUGACAUCAAAACAUUUCUAGAGAAACAACAAUAUCCCGAGGGUAUAUCCAUUACUGAUAAGAAAGCUCUGAGAAGACUCUCUUCCAAGUUCUUCCUAAACGGUGAUGUAUUAUACAAGAGUAAUUAUGAUUCCAUACUGCUCAGAUGCGUGGAUAGACACGAAGCUAGUACAAUCAUAAAGUCCAUACACGAGGGAUGUGAGGGUGUACAUAUUGAAGGGUCCUACUAUGGCCAAGAAGAUCCUCCGGGCUGGUUAUUAUUGGACGACAAUGGAGGUCGAUUUGCUACAAUUUUGUGA